AGAAAACUAAAGAAAGGACAGAAACUGCAUGGGCUGAGGGGUUAAGAGGGAGAAAAAACAGGGACAGAGAAGGGAGGAGGAACAGAAACGGACAGAGGUAAAAGGGGGAGGGAUAGCCGCUCGUUCACACGGUGCAGGGGAGAAGUUGUGGGAAAGUAAACAGCACGGGAGAUUUCCAGCCUCUUGCAGAGAUGUGUGUCCCGGAGCCGGUGGUGUGCUGAGGGAGUCCAUGUCUGUUUACAAGGAUUAAAGGGUCACCGAGGAGUGGCUGGAGCUUCUGGGAGGACAGCACUGCUCAGGAAGAGAAGCAAUAAUGUCUGAUCCGCUGCCUCACCAACCUAUAAAAGACAACGAAGAGGAGGACGACGAGGAGCAAGGGGAAGAGUUUGUGUUUGAAGACAGCGAGGAUGAAGAGAAACCCGGUAAAAACAUCGCCCCCGACUGCGUUGGACCCGUCCAAGAGUCCAAAAAGGAGGAAACUGAGACAUCAGGCGGGGUGUCAGCGACACCACCAGAGCUUCCUAAAUCACCAACUCCUGCUGGACCAGAGGGCGUUACCACCGCCGAUGACGCAGCCUCAAGUACCACCGCAGAUGUUCCAGUUACCGAGUCACCCAGCUGGGCCUCGGAAGCAGCAGCGGAGGCCAAGCCCGGUUCUUCAGCUCCACACGGGGGGGAGGAGCUCCGGGGGCUUCCCGCGGUGCCAUCAGCCGAGGAGACGGUGGAGACGACGGGAGACAACGGCAAAGAGGGGAGCUCCAAGUCGGGGGACAUCUCUGAAGCUGUAAGUCUGGCCGAAGCCGACCCGCAGGGAGCCCGGGCUUCAGACGUGAUCUACGACGAUGUUCCCAGCGAGGACCCCGUCUCUCCGGAUGAAGAUAUGAUCUACGAAGACGUGCAGCGAGACGCCAACACUCUGAAGGCCAACAACGGCUGGAGCUCCAGUGAGUUCGAGAGCUACGACGAGCAGUCGGACAGCGAGGCCAAGCAGCCGGCGAGGAGCAAGCUCUCUCCUGAAGUGCGCCGGCUGAGGGAGCGGUGCGCCAGGACCAAACGCGAGCUGGCCAUGAGGCUGUCGGGAAAACACAACUAUGACAUCAAGGUUCAGCAGCUCAUGAAGGCGGCGAGGAGCGGAACGAAGGAUGGGCUUGAGAGAACCAAAAUAGCCGUCAUGAGGAAAGUUCCCUUCCUGCAGAGAAAAGAUCAAAUGGAGGAGGAGGAUGAUGCUGGAUAUCUGGAUGUGGCUGUGUCAGAAGUGAAGCAUCCUCCCCCGCAGCUGAGCCCCAUGCCAGAGGGGCUAACCAGCCACCAGGUUGUCAGGCGCCAUAUCCUGGGCUCCAUCAUUCAGAGCGAGCGGAGCUACCUGGAGUCUCUCAGGAGGAUCCUGCAGGAGUACCACAGGCCGUUGCUGGAGGCUGAUCCGCGCAUCCUGAGUCCGAGGAAGAUCCGACCCAUCUUCCACCGGGUCCGAGAGAUCACGCAGUGCCACUCCAUGUUCCAGAUUGCGCUGGCCUCCCGCGUGGCCGAGUGGGACAGCAACGAGAAGAUCGGUGACCUGUUCGUCGCCUCGUUCUCCAAAUCCAUGGUUCUGGAUGUGUAUAGUGAUUACGUGAAUAACUUCACCAACGCCAUGGCUCUCAUUAAAAAGGCGUGCAUGUCCAAACCGGCGUUUCUGGAAUUCCUCAAGAAGAAGCAGGCGUCCAGCGUCGACCGGAUUACCCUGUACGGCCUGAUGGUUAAGCCCAUUCAACGCUUCCCGCAGUUCAUUUUGCUCCUGCAGGACAUGCUUAAGAACACACCGAAGGGCCACGUGGAUCGCCUCCCUCUGCAGCUGGCCCUGACGGAGCUGGAGAUGCUGGCCGAGAAGCUGAACGAGCAGAAGCGAGUGGCCGACCAGGUCGCUGAGACGCAGCAGCUAGCCCGCAGCGUCAGCGACCGCCUGCUCAGUAAGCAACUGAACUUGGAGCAGGGGUCACUGGUCCUAUGUGAGACGCUUAUUGAGACUGUGUAUGGAGAACGGGGACAAGUCCUGAAGUCAAAGGAGAGAAAGGUCUUCCUCUUUGAUGAUGUGCUCAUCUGUGCCAACAUAAAUGUCAAGGGGCCUCCGGACAUCAGCAGCCUGGUCCCCGUUGGCCCCAAAUACACCAUGAAAUGGAGCGCCCCCCUGCAGCAGGUGCAAGUAGUGGAGGUUGGGCAGGAAGGCCCUCAAAACAAAGACACCUUGUUCCAGCAGAGUGGGACUAAGAGGCCGAGUAGCAUCUGCACUUCAGGUAAAGCUCUCCUGGGCCCGCCACGGCUGUACCAGGAGCUGCAGGAGCUGCAGCACGACCUUUCCGUGGUGGAGGAGGUCACUCUCCUCGUGGGUACGCUGCAGGGGACGUACCAGAACCUGAACACCACCGUGGCGCAGGACUGGUGUCUGGCUCUGCAGAGGCUUAUCCGCAUCAAAGAAGAGCAGAUCCAGUGUGCGAACAAGUGUCGCCUACGCCUGCAGGUGCCCGGCAGGCCAGACAAGUCCGGACGUCCUGUCAGUUUUAUGGUGGUCUUCAAUACGCCCAGCCCUCUCAGUAAGAUCUCCUGGGUCAACCGUCUGCACUUGGCCAAGAUAGCACUACGAGAGGAGAACUCGCCAGGCUGGUUGUGUGGAGAAGAUGAAGGGAAGACCAUAUCGCCGUUUUGGUCUCCGCUGCUCGCCUCUCACAUGCCAGUCUUUGCUACAAAGUCACAAGAGCGAAAGCUGGAAGCAGCCCUCCAUAACCCUGUUCACUGUGCGAUGUUGGGCUUCUCUGCAGCGAGUACCUCUCUACCUCAGGGCUACCUCUGGGUGGCAGGUGGAGGAGAAGGUUCUCAAGGCCACAUCGAGAUAUUUUCCCUCAACAGGCCCUUACCCAGGUCCGUGAAGAGCCUGCCGGUAGGCUCCGCCGUCCGCUGUCUGGAGUACGUUCCAGCACCGUCUCCGAGCGAGGACUUUGAGGCGGGAGCUCACAAGCCCCCUUCAGGGAUCAGCACCAGCAUCUGCGCUGGAUUAGAUGAUGGCCGCAUCCUGGUUUACGGGAGUCUGGACACUGCGGCGCAGUGCCUGCUGACCCUCCAUAACCCAGAGGGCUGCCCCGUGCUGUGCCUGAAACACUCGGCCCGCUUCCUGUUCGCCGGGCUGCGGAACGGCUCCGUCAUCGUUUAUGGAAGGAACAACAGCGAUGAGCUGUGGGAUCCCGACUCCUCCCGGUGCGUGAGUCUGGGGUCGGAACCCGUCCGGACGAUGCUGGUGCUGGACGAGUCGCUGUGGGCCAGCUGUGGGAACUCGGUCACAGCUAUAGAAAUGCCCAGCAUCACCACGAAGAAAUUUGAAGUCCAUCCCGACCCGAUGGUCAGCGUUGCACACAUGGCGUGCGCCGGAGGAGGCGUGUGGAUGGCGUUCUCAGAGGGUUCCUCCAUUCGUCUCUUUCACACGGAAACACUGGAGCUUCUGCAGGAAAUCAACGUCUCAACGCGCUCGACGCUGCUCAGCACUGGUCAGAAGAGCAUGCGAGUCACAAGCCUGCUAAUUUGCCAAGGACUGUUGUGGGUGGGAACAGCUCAAGGCUUCAUCAUCACUCUGCCGGUUCCCAAACUGGAGGGCAUCCCCAAGAUAAAAGGGAAGGGGAAGAUCUCUCUCAACGCACACUGCGGGCCUGUGGACUUCCUCGUGGCCUCUUCCAGCACGCUGUCUCCCGAGCUCCUGAAGAGGGAUUCCAUCGGGGAGAGCCCGGACUCGGCCUGCGGGGGGGAGGACCGCAGCGACACCUCGUCCCAGGAGUCGCUGCAGCAGUCCAGCUCCUCCAAGGGAGAGGAGAAAGGUAAGGGCCGCGGCGUCCUGCUGCAGUACAAGCUGCGCUCCACCUCAGGGCUGCCCGGGUGGCCGUUAACGGCGCAGGGAGACGAGGCGUCCGACUCCUCCCUGGAGUCUCUGGAGCACAGCGUGGAGGACGGAUCUAUCUACGAACUCAGCGACGAUCCAGAGCUGUGGGUUCGGGGACGUUCUUGUGAGAGGGAGUCGGCCCGCAGGGACAGGGUGAUCUCCGCGGCCGUCAUAUCCGGGGGAAAAGGUUUUCGCCGGAUUAAAGAAGGAGCCGCCGCAGGUGCAAGAGCAAGCGGAGACUCUUUAGAAAAUAUUCUAAUGGUAUGGCAGCUCCCGCUGACGGUGUGAUGCCGACGCUGUAAUGCAAGGCAAUGUAUAUUUAUAGAUAUCUGCCCAGCUCAGCUUUGAAUCACCUGCUCCAUAAAUUCAACGGAAUUUAAUUAACUUUGUAACAUUUUGCCCGUGGAAAAAGCAAGCAAAGUCAUGCUGGUUAUGGCGGGCACCAUCAGCAGAAAAAAAGGAAUGUUUUGAAUGCUCAGAAUUGCGUUAUCAUCUUGCCAGCAGUGACAAAGGUCUCUGCAGAUAAGUUCCAAAUCAUUAUUCUGAUGCGGUUCUUCCUCCUGCCUUAGUUACGACUGAUACGCCUCACUUUAAACCUCAUCAAGGCCGAGAGUGCUCUGCCACAUUUAUUUCAUGCAAAGGACUUCUGUUUGAGCACCAGUGGACAGCACGCCUUUGACGGGAAGCCUUUGUUGAAUCUGCCAUGCUCUGCAGAGUUGGAAAUGGACAUGUUCUAUCUGAUCCUGUGGGAGAGUUCCCAUCUGUUGAGGGCAGAAACCUGGGGACGACAAUCGCAUCGCAAAGCACAUUAGCAUAACGCUUUGUUGGCUCGGCCUCCACUUCUCAUCCCAUUCAAUGUGAAUAUGAGACCCUCAGUUGUGCUCUGAAUUGAAUCUGUGCUUGCUUAGAAGAAAAAGAAAAGCAAAACUACCUUUUUUUUCCCCCCCAUUUUGUUGCAAAAAAAAUGCUUUAAAGAGCUUCCAAUGCCGAUAUUUGGGAUGGUCACGUUAGCAGAGAUUGGAUGCUGAAGCACUGCAAACCAGUCAAUUCGAAAUCUAUAUUUGCACUCUGAAGUUACUGUAAUUAUUGCAAAUUUACUUGAUCAAAUGAAAUGUCUUUGUGCCAGAUUUUAGAGUAUUGCCUUUGCCAAGUACUGUACCGUAAAUGUCAGAUAUCUGCUCCGCUGCUCGCCGCGGUCUCUCAGCUCCACGAAGCACAUACCAACCUUGUUAAUACUCAGCUCACAUUAGUUGGAAACCUCAGUCGCACAUCAAACGAUGAGACGGAGGCGCUGCAGCCGCCUCGACUGCCGCCGGUUAUGCAACAAUGGAGAACCUGCCUCGGAGAGACAGCAACGUGAAUGUUUACCACUAAUUUAUAAUAAUACAGACGUCUGAAGAUACAUGGCAAAGUUCAGCAUCACAAUUAGCAAAUGAGAAAUAUGUAUGUUAUUAAUAUUAUUACUUUUAAUAAUGGAAACACUUUACUCACAAGUGAGUUUAAUGCAAGCACUAAUAUAUGUUUUUAAAGCAGGAUAUAAACAUUUUAUUAUGUAAGAACCCAUGCAACUCGAAUUUGGUUGUUAUGUUUUCAGAUGAGUUGAUAAACUGCAUUUUUUAGGUUUAACCUUAUAGACAAUUUAAACCUUUUAUUUUUAUUGUGAUGAAAGGAGUUAUAAUUCUGAUGGGUACAGCUUGUUCUUUUCCUUAUCUUGUAAAAGUACCACGAACCACAUGUAUGUUGAAUCGCGUGUGCUGUGAGGGGGUGGACAGUGGUACUUUGUACUUUUGAAAGGUUUACCUUCAAAAUGUAUUACUGAUGAAUACUCGGUAGCAUUAAGAGCCGCGCAAACGAGAACUGUUAACAUUGGACUAUAUAAAGAGGUACGCACAAGCUUUCUAAAAACACAUUUUUCCACAGUGUGUUGUGAAGUAUUCAGAGGUCGAACAAGUAUUCAACAAUGCUCAAAGCUGUGUGGGUUUUCAAUAAACCUGGCCAUGGUCAGAAGUAUGUUUUUUUUCCCUUCCACAUAUAAUCUUGGCUCUUGAGACGCCAAAUUGAAAACCAUAAUGAAUCGCGGGGGACAUUGACGUUAGGUUUUUCUUCAUUACAUUUUCUUUGUUUCUCUCCUCUUCUGUCCGUGUUGCACACUGAACAAGGCAGACGAGGAAAAUAAGACUCACAAACAGGACUCUGCAAUUACGCAGCAUCCAAUGUAAACCCGAGGCGAGCGAGGUACUGUAAUUGCUUCCCUGCAUGUAAAAGCUCUUGUUUGAGUCACCUGAUGAGGCUGACGAUGUACUUAAGUCAUUUUAUAGAUAUCCGGCAGCGUCUGAACCAUGUCAGCUGCGUAUCCAGUAACGUACAUAUUAAAAUCAGGACGUCAGAUGAACGCUGACUCAUACUAUCCAUGCACUGAAUAUAAAUACUCAAGAAAAUACUGUAUAACUUAUCGGAGUAAUUACUGUGCUUAAUAAAUGUAUAUUUCCUUUGGUUGA